CUCCCGUCGAGGUGACGCUGCCGCCGCCGCCGCCGCCGCCCAUUAAGGGGCUGCCAGAACAGCGGGCGCGGAGCGGCCGGAGACGCAGCCAAGGCGGGCGGGCGAGCGGCGGGACAGCGUCUGCGCCGCGCCGGGCUCUCGACCUUGGCUUCCCCUGGGCUCCCCGUCAGGAUCGUCGUGGGAAGCUCUCGAGGUGCUGCGCAGGUGACUUCAGUUGACAGGCUUUUUCCACUCCUCCUCCUGUCUACCUGGACUCUUACCCCAUGCUACCUCGGACUGACUGGGGCCUUGCUGGACAGAGCAAGAGCCCGCUCUGAGGCUUCCUCCUGGACUCCCCCACCCACUUCCUGGCUUUCAUGGAUCUGAGACCACCCUUGCUGCUCUUGCUGUGGACUUUGGUGCUGGCUCUGGAUCUCUUAGUCAGGGACGUGCUGGGCCAACACGUCUACACGAAUACUUGGGCAGUGCAGGUGACUGCUGGGCCGCAGGAAGUAGAGAGGCUGGCCCGGAAGCAUGGGUUUGUUAACUUCGGGCAGAUCUUUGAUGACUAUUACCUCCUCUGCCACCGAGCUGUGGCGAAGCGGUCUCUCUCCCCACACCAAUCCUGGCACAGCUCCUUGAGCAGGGAGCCCCAGGUGCACUGGCUGGAGCAGCAGGUGGCAAAGAGCCGGAAGAAACGAGAUGCCUUCCUGGAACCGACAGACCCCAAGUUCCCUCAGCAGUGGUACCUGUCUAACGGGAACCGGCGAGACCUGAAUGUGUGGGAGGCCUGGCAACAGGGCUACACAGGCCGAGGCAUCGUGGUCUCCAUCUUGGACGAUGGCAUUGAGAAGAACCACCCGGAUCUGGAAGCCAACUAUGAUCCGGCUGCCAGCUUUGAUGUGAACGACCAGGAUUCGGAUCCCCAGCCACGCUACACGCAAAUGAAUGACAACAGACAUGGCACACGGUGUGCUGGCGAAGUGGCUGCUGUGGCAAACAAUGGCAUCUGUGGCGUGGGAGUGGCUUACAAUGCCAAGAUUGGAGGUGUUCGCAUGCUGGACGGGGAGGUGACGGAUGCUGUGGAAGCCCAGUCCUUGGGCCUGAACCCCCACCAUAUUCACAUCUACAGUGCCAGCUGGGGCCCUGAGGAUGACGGCAAGACGGUGGACGGCCCUGCCCGCUUGGCUGAAGAGGCCUUCUACCGUGGGGUCAGCCAGGGCCGCAACGGACUGGGCUCCAUCUUCGUGUGGGCCUCGGGAAAUGGCGGCCGGGAACACGACAGCUGCAACUGUGACGGCUAUACCAACAGCAUCUACACCCUGUCCAUCAGCAGCACCACCCAGUCAGGAAACGUGCCCUGGUACAGCGAGGCCUGCUCCUCCACCCUCGCCACCACUUACAGCAGCGGCAGCCAGAACGAGAAGCAGAUAGUGACCACGGACCUGAGGCAGAAGUGCACAGAAUCACACACGGGCACCUCGGCCUCGGCCCCCCUGGCUGCUGGGAUCAUCGCUCUGGCCCUGGAAGCCAACAAGAACCUCACCUGGCGGGACAUGCAACAUCUUGUCGUGAGGACUUCGAAGCCUGCCCACCUCAACACCAAUGACUGGGCUGUCAAUGGAGUAGGCCGUAAAGUGAGCCACUCCUACGGCUACGGCCUCUUGGAUGCUGGGGCCAUGGUGGCUCUUGCCAAGAACUGGACUUCGGUGGGGCCCCAGCGGAAGUGCGUGGUUGACAUCCUCCUGGAGCCCAGAGACAUAGGAAAGCGGUUGGAUGUUCGCCAGCGUGUCGAUGCCUGCCAUGGGAAGGCAAAUUUCAUCAGCGAGCUGGAGCACGUGCAAGCUCGCCUCACUCUCUCCUACAACCGCCGAGGAGACCUGGCCAUCCACCUCGUCAGCCCCAUGGGCACCCGCUCCACGUUGCUGGCUGCCAGGCCCCAUGACUAUUCAGCCGACGGCUUCAACGACUGGGCCUUCAUGACGACACAUUCCUGGGAUGAAGACCCCGCUGGGGACUGGGUGCUAGAGAUAGAAAACACCAGCGAAGCAAAUAAUUAUGGUACCCUCACCAAGUUCACGCUGGUGCUGUACGGGACAGCCACUGAGCCCCCCAGCAUCUCCAACCAGUUCGAGAGCAGCGGCUGCAAAACACUUGCUACUAGCCAGGCUUGUGUGGUUUGUGAAGAGGGAUUCUACCUCCACCAAAAGAGCUGUCUGAAGAUGUGCCCACCUGCCUUCACCCCCGGCACCAUGCCCACUCCUCUGGAGAACAGCCUCGGUCCCCCUCUGAGCCCCCGUCUCUGUGUGCCCUGCCACCCGUCCUGUGCCACCUGCCUGGGGCCAGCACCCACCCAGUGCUUGUCUUGCCCUGUCCACGCCCACUACAACGCCCAGGAGCAGACCUGUUCCCACCAGGCACAGAGCAGCCGGGCCUCGCCUGCCCGGGUGGAAAGUGUGCCACUCUCAAAGUCUCCUUCCCAUUUGCCCAUUGUCGUGGCCAGCCUGAGCUGUGCCUUCAUCGUCCUGGUCUUCAUCACUGUCUUCCUCGUGCUGCAGCUGCGAUCGGGGCUGCGCCUGCGGGGGGUCAAGGUGUACUCGCUGGAAAACGGAGGCAUCAUCGCCUACAAGGGACUUCCUUCCAGCACUUGGCAGGAGGGACCGGAGGAGGAGGAGGAGGGGGAGAGGACUGCCUUCAUCAGAGACCAGAGCGCUCUUUGAUGAGCCUGCGGCCCCCGGCACAGCAGGGGAGAGGCCGUGGGGCCCCAUCUCUGUGCCCAUUCACUCCCUCUCCCCGCCGUGUCCCGGAGAGGAGUUGAGCCCUGGUGUCUGUAGGCGGAUGCUGCUGGAGCUGUCACUCAAUCGCCUGGUUCUGGUUUUAACUCACCAAAGUGUUUUUAGAUUGGACCAGUUUGUCUGUCCCCCUUCUGGUGGGAGAGACGUGUGGGCAAGGGACCCUCUCCUUUCCUCAGGAGGGGAAGGUGGAGAGGAGCCAUGCUGGGAGUGGGAGGAAAGGCUUCUCUCAGCAAGGCCUGAGGGUUUGUGGCAUCCCCCUGUCCCUUGCCCUCCCCCCCCCGUGUGUCUUUUGUAGGCAUGUGCUCCAGACGUGGCUGCCCCCUUCUCUGCCAGCAAUAACGGGCUGGAGCUUGUUCUCUCCGGCCUCCACAGCCGCUGCUCUUGGCAUCCUCCUCGCGUGUCCUUGUUCCUGGUUCUGCUGCCCCGGGACAGGGGGCAGAUGAGUGGGUUCCUCUCUGGAUGUGGGGCUUGGAGGAAUGAUGCUGCGUGCCCAUUCAGCACACCUGGAGAAGAUCUGGCCUCUCUACCCUUGGCCAGUGGGUGUGGUUGCCUGUCUGUCCACUGAGCCAUACUUGGCACCUCCCUGGCUCUGCCCAAAGUCACUGGAGCUUCCAUCUUUCCUCAUGUGCCUUGUAGCCCCGCCUCCUCUUUGAUGACAAUCUUGCUGGACCUGGGCUUAUGCUGCUGUCUGCCCUGGACUUGUCCUGCUGCUGGCCCUGGUGAGCUGCCUGGCCAAGGUGCUGCGGCUGUGGGGGGCAGAACGGGGGCUGCCCAGGACUCUUUUUCUAUAACUUUUUGGUGCACAAAAAUUUCUUGUAAUUUAAAACAAGGCCAGAUGUUUUUUUUAAUUUAAUGGAUGUGGAUAUAACGCUAGAGAGAUUAAAGUUUAUUAAAUGGUGGAACUAUGCAAAUCA